CAACAGGAAUUGAUUUGAAUGAGAGUCUGAAAUAUAAAUAGGAUAGUGCCUGCAUAGAAAGGUGAGUAAUAAAAUGUAUCAGUAAAAAUAAAACUGUAGCCUUACAAAUCAUUUGUUUUGUAAAUGUUGGGGUCAGUGACCCCCAUUUGAAAGCUGGAAAAUGUCAGUGGUAGAAGGGAAACGGUCAGCAUUGUUUUCUAGCUUAGGAUGCAUCAAGGGCUCACUUAUAGAAAGGGUUAAUAAGCACAGGAAUUUACCAAUGGCUCAGCUAGUGGGAAAACAGAAAGCUUUUUUGUGCUACAAACCCUGCUGAUUUCUGCCAGAUGUAAAAGGAAAUGGGAAUUCAUAUCACUCUCUUGAUUUGCUGCAGUGGCCGUUUAAAAAAAAGCAGUGAGUCUUGCUGUUGCCAAGCCCUAUCACACAUGAAAUGCUCACAUUCACAGAGAUCUGCUACAUCCGAGCGCCAUUCAGCAUGGAAGCAACGGUCACGCCACUGGCACACAGCGCUGGAAGAGGAUGAUACCGUGGAUGUAAUCAUGAAGUUGCCAGAGUUUACAUACCAAGAUCUGGAUAAUGUAUUUGUGGAAAAAGGAGGUUCCAUUAACAUGAUUCAACAUUGGCUUCAAGAUUGCAGAUCUUCUGUGGAAGGAGCACCUGAGGAUACUUAUCUGUCUCAUAUAAGAGCAGGCACUUGGAGUAAAGAAAACAGCACUGAUGAUGAUUUCAACCUGGGAGCAGAAGCAAUCCUGUUAUCUGAUCAUUGCAAGUUCAUUGCAAGGAUGGAAAACGAGAAAGCCAGAGCCAAGUUCUCUCACAUGGGGAACAGUAUGGCAUCCAGCAGCACCAUCAAGACCUCUUCCAGUGUAUCAGAAAUCCUCUCAUUGUACCAGGAAGAUGCAGAGACCAUCCUCUAUAACCUUGGCUUUGCCUGUGUAGAUCCCUGUGCGGCACACACCAUUCCCACCCGUUAUUUCCUCUCUCCAUCUCGGGCUGCAGGCAUUGAUUUUAAACUGUUUCUGGAAUCCCAGAUGCAAAGAAUAGAGAAGGAAAACUAUAGUUAUCUGCCAAGUCUGAACAUUUUUGCUACUUCAGUUGACUCUUUUCAUUCUUUGCAUUCUCAUAUGAUGAUGGCACCCCUACAGAAUAUAACUCCAGCCCCAGGAAUUGAGGGUCUACAGAUGUUAUUCCUCUAAAAGAAUGAUUAUAGGGAAUGGAUUCUUUUACACCUGUUGAUAUGCUCCGCUAGAUUGUACUUUUUGAUAUAUGUAAAUGUCAUAAAUGUACACUAAACAGCUGCAGGGACACCCCCUGCCAUUAUCUCCCAAAGAAGGAAGUGUAGAAAUGGGGGGCUGUGGCUCCUGGGAUUAUCAUGAGUGAAAAUACAAGCAGGAUAUGUCUUAAUAGUGAUGGUAUUCGCUGCAUACAGUAUGCUAUCACUCAGUAGUGGCAGGGUCUAUUGUAUAUACUAUCAGUCAGUACUGGCUGGAUCCACUGUAUAUACUAUCAUCGGUACUGGCUGGAUCCACUAUAUAUACUAUCAGUUAGUACUGGCUAGAUCCACUGUAUAUACUAUCACUCAGUACUGGCUGGAUCCACUGUAUAUACUAUCAUCGGUACUGGCUGGAUCCACUAUAUAUACUAUCAGUUAGUACUGGCUAGAUCCACUGUAUAUACUAUCACUCAGUACUGGCUGGAUCCACUGUAUAUAAUAUUGCUCAGUACUGGCUGAAUCCACUGUAUAUACUAUUGCUCAGUACUGGCUGGAUCCACUGUAUAUACUAUCGCUCAGUACUGGCUGGAUCCACUGUAUAUACUAUCGCUCAGUACUGGCUGGAUCCACUGUAUAUACUAUCGCUCAGUACUGGCUGGAUCCACUGUAUAUACUAUUGCUCAGUACUGGCUGGAUCCACUGUAUAUAAUAUCGCUCAGUACUGGCUGGAUCCACUGUAUAUAAUAUCGCUCAUUACUGGCUGGAUCCACUGUAUAUACUAUUGCUCAGUACUGGCUGGAUCCACUGUAUAUAAUAUCGCUCAUUACUGGCUGGAUCCACUGUAUAUACUAUUGCUCAGUACUGGCUGGAUCCACUGUAUAUACUAUCACUCAGUACUGGCUGGAUCCACUGUAUAUACUAUCGCUCAGUACUGGCUGGAUCCACUGUAUAUACUAUCGCUCAGUACUGGCUGGAUCCACUGUAUAUACUAUUGCUCAGUACUGGCUGGAUUCACUGUAUAUACUAUCGCUCAGUACUGGUUGGAUGCACUGUUAUUGCCCAGAAGAGGCUUGAGGGAUCCACUGUAUAUAUUAUUGUUCAGUACUGGCUGAAUUCACCGUAUAUGUUAUCAGUCAGUAGUGGCUGAAUUCACUGUAUAUGUUAUCAGCAGAGGUUGAAUGCAAUGGAUAGGUUAUCGCUCAGUUCCGGCUGGAUGCACUGUAUAUAUUAUUGCUCAGUAGCGUCUGGGAUUCACUGUAUAUGUUGUCAGUCAGUAGUGGUUGGAUUCACUAUAUAUGUUACCUUGUAGUAGUGGUUGGGAACCAAAGAUGGCAUAUUCCAUUAUAUUUCCAUGGGUAACUCUGAGACUACGGUUCAAAAUCCUCUGUUCUCUACAAAAUCUUGUACAAAACUGUUUGCACAGAUCAAUCACUACUCAAAGUCCAGGGCACACAGCCAGCAUUUUGUUAGUAUAAAAUACUUUCUUCUCUGCUGUUUCCUACCUAUUUGUUCAUUAUUUAUUAUUAAAACACACUCACAACAGAAAGUUUUGUAUCUCUUAUUCGCCAACUACUAUAUCUCAGAAGGGCACAAUCCUGACUGAUGUGAAAUGUCUGCAGAACAAAUCAGUUUUCCUGUGGAUUGGGGAAUGUGGGGACAAUACAGUCUAA